UCAGUUAUUUUGUCGCAACAUCUUGACGGAUUAUCAUCGCGAACGGGUUAAAAUUUAUAAGAUACAAAACUAUCUUACACACCGACUAAACUCGUCUACUUAACGUGUGGGUGAAUUAAAUAGAUAAAUACUCUUUUUGAAAAGACUGAACUAUCUUCAAACAAAUUUUCGAAGGAAUAUAUUUUCACAUAUUUUAAGCGUCAUAAAAUGUGCUGAUUAUUACUCAGCCAACUAUCAGUGAAUCUUUAAAAGCAUUUUGAAACGAAAAUAGCAGAAACAACAACAAGAAAAACACGCGAAUAUUUUAAUAGUGCGAGCGACAAUGAAUCCGCACCUAGUUUGCAUGCUAAGUUGUCUUUUGGCAGCUAGUUGUGCGGCACAGCAGACAUACUUCAAUGGCGCACCACCGCCACUCCCGCCAUCGGGUCCGUCCUCCGAUCAGGACAUCUCACUGAGUGACAGACAGUUUAGAGUCGUCUAUGAGUGGCGAACAAUUGACUUUGCUUAUGCAGAUGAAUAUCAGCGAGGGCGGGCGCGACAAACGGGUGAAUUUAUCGAAAGGAAUGCCCUCAUAUCGGACGUGAAGGCGUUUGCCAAGCGUUUGUAUGUGACACUUCCACGAAUGCUGCCAGGUGUUCCAGCUACAUUGGGUUGGAUUAUAGCACCAGACAAUAAUGGACGAACUGACCCGCUCAUUGAACCCUUCCCAUCGUGGGAGAUGAAUCGUGAAGGUGAUUGCAGGGCGUUGCAAUUCGUGCAGGGAAUCGCAAUUGAUGCUGAUGGUUUGUUGUGGGCUGUUGACUCGGGAAGAAUUCAUACUCUUAGUCAAGAUCGUCCUAAAAAUACAUGUCAACCUAAAUUGAUGAUCUUUGACCUCAAGAGAAAUGGAACCCUAGUUCAUCGUUAUGACUUCCCAGAAGAAGUGGCCUCCAGAGGAACGAACUACCUCAAUAAAAUCGUAGUAGAUGACGCCUAUGGUGGAUUUGGUUACAUUACCGACAACAGUGGUUCAGAUCCUGGAAUCGUGGUGUUUUCACGAAAACUCAAUCGUUCAUGGAAGGUGAGGGAGCCAAAUUCCAUGAGAGCAGCCCUCAAUGCAGUCGACUUUGCAGUCAAUGGAACAAGUCUGAGAUUCUCAAUUCAUAUCGAUGGCAUCGCUCUAGGUCCAUACUACAACCCAAACAGUGGUGGUGAUUCCCUGAAUAUCAACUCGCCGAAAUUUGUCACUGAAAACUACGAACGAAAUGUCUACUACUCACCUCUGUCUAGUUAUCACUUAUACUCAAUUCCAGCUUCAAUCCUUCGUGAUCCGGAAUUCACACGACGCUCGACUCCAAGACAAGUCUUCGAAUCUGUCACCGACUAUGGACUGAAAAUCUCACAGACUGACGGCAUGAUCAUGGAUAACCGUGGAAUUCUAUACUAUGGCUUGUUGAAGGAACACGCCCUUGCCAAGUGGGAUUCCUAUCAACCCUUCACUCCGAUAAAUCAACAUGUCAUAGCCAAGGAUGACGAUUUCAUUCAAUGGGUAGAUGGUAUGUCCUUUGAUGAGGAUGGUUAUUUGUAUAUAGUGGUCAAUCGAUUGUACAACUUUGUUGCCGGACGCCUCAAUCCAAAUGAGGUGAACUUCCGGAUUCUGCGAGCUAAGACUGGCGGUUUGGGAUACACUUUCACGAAUAGUCCGGGAGUUGGUAAUAUUGGGCCGAUAGGUUUUGUGCCUGAGGGUGAACCUUUUGGAAAUUCCAUCGGCUUUGGUCUUUCAUCAACUACGCCAUUCUAUAAUCAAUUGGAAGGACGUGAUCCUUAUUUCAAUGGAGCUUCUUCGAAGUCGACUUUUAUAACGACGACGGGUGUGCUUUUGACUAUAUUUUUAAGCUAUCUUCUUCGUUAAGUUGUGUAAAUCCAAACUAUACUCAUCAUGGUUUUAACUUUAAGCCUGUGCUCAAAAAGAACUACAAUUUUAAGAGAGUCAUCAUAGUAUUUCCUGUUGUCCAUAUGUCAUAACUUGGUAUUUAUUUCUUUCUUUUUCAAAAAUUGUACCCGAUAAUAAUAAAUUGUGAGCAUCUUCAUUCUAUACCAAAAAUGUACUUAAAAUAUUAAUUGUAUAAAAAAGAAACAAAACAAAAAAUCAUUAAAUAUAUGUUUAAGAAUGUUAAGUUAGUUAAGUUUAUAUUGUUUUUAACAAUAAAAUCAUAUUUUAUUUUACAAAAAA